AAGGAGACGCGCGCGAAGACGCUGUACAUCGGGCACGUCCCGCACGGCUUCUACGAGGACCAGAUGCGCGCGUACUUUGGGCAGUUCGGGGAGGUAACGCGGCUGCGAUUGUCGCGGAACAAAAAGACGGGGAGAUCGAAACAUUACGCCUACGUCGAGUUCAAGUACCCGGAAGUCGCGGAGGUGGUCGCGCAGUCCAUGGACGGGUACCUGCUCUUCGAGUCCAUCAUGAAAGUCAAACUGAUGACCCCCGACGAGUGCCACCCGGAGCUGUGGAAGGGCGCGAACCGAAAGUUUAAGACGGUGCCGUGGCAAAAGAAAGCCGCGGAGAAGCACGACAGGGCGCUCACGGAGGCGGAGACGGAGAAGAAGAACGCCGCGCUGGUGAAGAAGGAGCGGGCGCGACGGCGGAAGAUCGAGGCCGCGGGGAUCGAGUACGACUUCCCCGGGUAC